AUGUUUUCUGGAGCCGCAUUGCGAAAGUCUGCUAGGAUUGUUCAACACCGAUCUUUUCAUGCAUCGGCCUUUACUCAGAGGAUUUCUACCACUCAGACAUUGAGAGCCUCGGCUGCCCAAUCUACCAUUUCUGCAGCAUAUCCAAUUAUUGAUCACACCUACGAUGCACUAGUUGUUGGUGCUGGUGGUGCUGGUCUUCGUGCUGCAUUUGGUCUUGCCAAGGAAGGCUUAAAGACUGCAUGCAUCACCAAGCUUUUUCCUACCCGAUCUCACACCGUUGCUGCUCAGGGUGGUAUCAAUGCUGCCCUUGCAAACAUGACUGAAGAUGAUUGGAGGUGGCACAUGUACGACACCGUCAAGGGAUCAGAUUGGCUUGGUGAUCAGGAUGCUAUACACUACAUGUGUCGUGAAGCUCCACAGUCUGUCAUUGAGCUAGAGCACUUUGGUGUUCCUUUUUCUCGUACUCCCGAGGGCAAGAUCUAUCAGCGCGCAUUUGGUGGUCAGAGUCUGAAGUUUGGAAAGGGUGGUCAGGCUUACCGCUGUGCUGCUGUUGCUGACAGAACUGGCCAUGCCAUUCUCCAUACUCUAUAUGGUCAGUCGCUGCGUCAUGACACCACUUUUUUUAUCGAGUAUUUUGCUCUUGAUCUUAUCAUGGAAAACGGCGAGUGCCGUGGUGUGAUUGCACUCAACAUGGAAGAUGGUACUAUUCAUCGUUUCCGAUCCCACAAAACCGUUCUUGCUACAGGUGGAUACGGACGUGCAUAUUUUUCGUGUACCUCGGCUCAUACUUGCACUGGUGAUGGAAAUGCCAUGGUUACGCGUGCUGGUCUUCCCUUGCAGGAUCUAGAGUUUGUGCAGUUUCAUCCUACUGGUAUCUAUGGUGCUGGAUGUCUCAUCACUGAAGGUUCUCGUGGCGAGGGUGGCUAUUUGCUCAAUUCCGAGGGAGAGCCGUUUAUGGCCAGAUAUGCACCUACUGCCAAGGAUCUUGCCAGUCGAGACGUUGUAUCUCGUUCCAUGACCAUUGAGAUUCGCGAAGGCCGUGGUGUUGGUCCCCAAAAGGACCAUCUUUACUUGCAGCUUAGUCAUCUUCCAGCAGAGGUUCUCCACAGUCGUCUUCCAGGUAUCUCUGAGACUGCUGCUAUUUUUGCUGGUGUUGAUGUCACCAAAGAGCCUAUUCCUGUUCUCCCCACUGUUCACUACAACAUGGGUGGAAUUCCAACUCGCUAUACUGGUGAAGUGAUCAACUACGUUGAUGGCAAGGAUGUUGUUGUUCCUGGCCUUUAUGCUGCUGGUGAAGCUGCAUGCGUAUCGGUACAUGGUGCUAACCGUCUUGGUGCCAAUUCUCUUCUUGAUAUUGUUGUCUUUGGUCGUGCCGCUGCUCUUCACAUCAAGGAUACUUUGGCCCCAGAUACACCUCACAAACCACUUCCUGCCGAUGCAGGUGCUGCCACUAUUGCCAAUUUAGACAAGUUGAGAUACGCCAGUGGUGCCAACCCCACUGCUAAUGUUAGACUUGAAAUGCAAAAGGUCAUGCAAACCGAUGCUGCUGUGUUCCGUACCGAAUCAUCGCUUCUUGAGGGUGUAAAGAAGAUUGAUCAGGUUUCCACCAAGCUUAAGGAUCUCAAGGUCACCGAUCGUAGCUUGAUUUGGAACACUGAUCUUGUCGAGACGCUCGAGCUUCAAAAUUUGAUGACUAACGCUGUUCAGACCAUGCAUUCUGCAUAUGCGCGCAAGGAAUCUCGCGGUGCUCAUGCUCGCGAGGACUUUAAAGAUCGUAAUGAUACCGAAUGGAUGAAACACACUUUAUCCCGACAUGAUCUUGAAACGGGUGCUGUUUCGCUGGAGUAUCGCAAAGUGAUCUCUCACACACUGGAUGAAAACGAAGCCAAGUCUGUUCCUCCUGUUGCUCGUGUCUACUAAACAUUUUGAUAUAUGGCUUUUAGAUUGCCUGCAUUUGUCAAUCUUUUCUCUGAUGUGUUUUGACGACUCGAGACAAUAAAAUUCCCUUUUCGUAUU